GGGUUGGAGGCGGGGAGCGGUGCCGGAAGUGCUUGGGGAGGGCCGCGCAGUCGGACCGGCUGCUGAGACGAAAGCUUCACUGGGGCAGUCUCCGCAUAUCAUGGGGAGAUAGACGCUACUGCCUGUAGCUUUUGAAAAUGGCUGCCUCUCAUUACAGCGGGCUUACAGCUGUUGCUGAUGUAAUUAAAGACCUAGACACUCAGAUAGCAUUGAUUGGCCUUGGUCCUCACAGCGCCAAAAAGAAACAGGAUCUUGAUAAGCUCUAUGAGCUGAAGUCCAAAGCUCGGCAGAUUAUGAACCAGUUUGGCCCCUCAGCCCUAAUCAACCUCUCCAACUUCUCAUCUAUAAAACCAGAGCCAGCCAGCACCCCUCCACAAGGCUCCAUGGCCAAUAGCACCACUGUGGUAAAGAUACCAGGCACUCCUGGGACAGGCGGUCGUCUUAGCCCUGAAAACAAUCAGGUAUUGACCAAGAAGAAAUUACAAGACCUAGUAAGAGAAGUGGAUCCUAACGAGCAGCUGGAUGAAGAUGUGGAAGAAAUGCUGCUGCAGAUCGCUGAUGAUUUCAUCGAGAGUGUGGUGACAGCAGCCUGCCAGCUUGCUCGGCAUCGCAAGUCCAGCACCCUGGAGGUGAAAGAUGUCCAGCUGCAUCUAGAGCGCCAGUGGAACAUGUGGAUCCCAGGAUUCGGCUCCGAGGAAAUCAGACCCUACAAAAAAGCUUGUACCACAGAAGCUCACAAACAGAGAAUGGCGCUGAUUCGGAAAACCACCAAGAAAUAACACAGGGAGCGGUCAGGGAACGGACGACAUGCAUUUGGAGAUACUUGAGCUGAGACCUCAGCCAUCUCAUCCUUGGAUUUUUUUUUUAAUGCUUUACAGAGAAGCAUAUAUUUUUUAUUAACAGUGCAGCAAUAUCUAUAAUGACUGAGAAGAUCUGCCAAAAGAAUAAAGGCUCCUACCCCA